GGAGACACAACACAAACACUUCCUUCAAAAUAAGAGCCUCUGAUUUUUUUUAACAUUCUAAUUAUUUGAAAUUAAACUAGAUCUGGGAUUAUUUUUUUCUGACUGCCGUGCCGAGGAGGGAUCAUGGAUCCGAUUGUGGAAGUAGUGGCUUUUGUUUUAGGGUUCAUCGGCUGGGUGAUGGUCGGGGUCGCCCUGCCAAACCGUUACUGGAGGACCUCCACCGUGGAUGGAAAUGUCAUCACCACCUCCACCAUCUAUGAGAACUUGUGGAUGUCAUGUGCGACGGAUUCAACUGGGGUCCAUAACUGCAGGGAGUUCCCUUCUCUGCUGGCUUUAAGUGGGUACAUCCAGGCAUCUCGUGCCCUUAUGAUCACAGCCAUAGUCAUGGGCACCUUUGGUCUAGUAGCGGCCCUGAUAGGAAUGCAGUGCUCAAAGGCUGCAGAAGACAACGUUGUGCUCAAAGGGAGGAUUGCUGGCACUGCUGGAGUCCUUUUCAUUAUGCAAGGUUUGUGCACAAUGAUCUCAGUGUCCUGGUACGCCUUCAACAUCACUCAAGACUUCUUUGACCCGUUCUAUCCUGGGAUAAGGUAUGAAAUAGGUGAAGGACUUUACAUCGGCUGGUGCUCGGCUGUGCUCGCCAUUGCCGGAGGAGCCUGUCUCACCUGCUCCUGCAAAAUAGGCCAAGAGGAAAAAUACCCUUUGCCUUAUCAGGCCAGAGGAACUGUAUAUUCUGGACCAGCACAGAGCAGAAGCGUGGCUGCAAGUACUUAUGGCCGGAACGCUUACGUUUGAAAUUCCAGGCUGGAACUUUUUUAUCAUCCAUUUGUUGAUAGGCUGAAGUUUUUUUUUUACAUCUCAUACUGAGCUUCUUUCCAAGACUUUGGAAGCUUCGUGUCUGUUAAAUGUUCAGUGAUAGGAGCAACACUUCUGAGCUGUAUUUAGUGAAAAUAUUUAGUAUGUAUUUUGUAAAAUCACAGCAUGUAAUGAUAGUAUUAAGGAGCUUGUAAAGUGCAAAGGAACCACAGACAGACAGUACACUUACAUUGAUUCUAUUUAUGUUUGCCUCUUACAUUUGCAUACACUCUUUUCUGAAGGUUUUUAAUCACUUUAAAAUCUACCUGCACACUUUAAAGACUGUUGUAAACAUUUCCAUUAACUGUUAUAAUCCAUCUUUUAUGUUUGUGUAUUUUGUACAGUUUUAUAGUUAGUGACAGUGAAAGAGAGAAGUUUUCUUUAUUGUUUCUUUUUGUUUUUUAUACGAUUGUACA